GAACGGGUAAACAUCGAUCCUCUACAUCACUCUUGUGUUUCAGUAAACAGAUCAAGUCUAAGAGAAUGAAUUCGUUAUGGAUAUUAAAGCGGAAGCUGGUAGCUAUGGAUUCAUGGCAUGAACGUAUAUGAGAGCGCGUGAAACUUUCGCGUUUACAACUGCCAAUUCGAGUAGUUGAAUUAUCGUGCUACCUCUCAAAUUCUCAAUCUUGCACCAUGUUAACCCGGCAAAAACACUCCUAUUCUCAACUUCUUCAAUCCGAGACUCCUCUGCAGCUAAAACCUCACUUGCGGUCGAUCUCGGACUUCUUUUCUCUUGAAACAACUUUGAAAAUCCUAGGCGUAUUUUUCUGGUCAAUUUUCACUCUUACAACUGGCUUUGUGCUCGGGACGAGUGUUGGUGCUCCAUGUACAUCUGAAUUGUCGAAUUCUCGUAUUCAUCUUCCUACGAUAUCUCAAACCUUCCACUAUAAUAGAACUUUUGCAGAGAUCCCCUCUGAUACGUCUAACAAAGCAUGGGAGAGCUUAUUUCCUCCUCAUGGUGGUUUCUUCGAUAUCUCGGGGGUUUCGUCGCAACGAUCUACUCUCUCAAUUUUUCACCAGUUGCACUGUUUGGAUGGAAUACGUCACAACUACUGGAAUCUCUAUCUCGCCAUGCAUUCAAACAUUUCGUACAAUGAGAACUCUAUGCGAGAAAUGUCUUCGCCUUCUCAUAUCAGACACUGUAUUGAUCUGUUAAGACAGAGUUUGAUGUGUAGUGCGGAUACAACACUAGAAGUCAAGGAGGAACAUGUGAACGGAGUUCAUGGAUUUGGGGUACUCCACAAGUGUAGCGAUUGGGAUGUUCUUUUACGGACUAUUUCAGUGAAGCAGCACCAAGCUUAAAGCCAUAAUCAAUUAUAAUUAUGUCACUGAACGUAAUCCCGCAUUGUCCUACUGGGUUGAUUUGAAAGUGAUAGAAUCUCAUCUACCUUAUCUAGUUCCUUGGGACCACACCCAAUUUACUAAGGAAGUAAACUAGGAUCACAUAUUUUUAUUUAGGCUCAUUUGUCGGUCACAAUCGCCAGUCUGAUCAACGUUGCAAAGCACCGACGAAAUCACCAGAAAGCCUCACUCAGGGCUACGUAUCUACUUUGCCUCUCCAUCGGGGCACCACUCUCUUUUGUGGACGGGCCAUCAAUCAAAUACUCCAAAGUCUGGGCCUACUUGCCUUGGACUCAGUCACAGCAUGCGAAGUGCUUAAUUAGUACCACCUAAAGAUUACGCUUGUGUACCGCGUGGCAAUAUGUGUCAUUAACUUGCGUUUGAACGAGGCAUAACGAGAAAUUGAGGUUACGUUGGAA